AUGUUCAAGAGCGGUCUCGCCCGGACCUUCGGGAGGGCUACUUAUGCCCGGCCUUCGCCCGUCGCCCGCGCCUUCCAGCCUCUCCGCUCCUCUGCCCUGCCUGCCCUGUCUGCUCGCUUCGCCAGCUCCGAGACUGCCCAGGCCGGCAAGGUUCACCAGGUCAUUGGUGCCGUCGUUGACGUGAAGUUCGAGGGUGACAAGCUCCCUGCCAUUCUCAACGCUGUUGAGACCACCAACAACGGCCAAAAGCUCGUCCUGGAGGUUGCUCAACAUCUGGGUGAGAAUGUCGUCCGUACUAUUGCCAUGGACGGUACCGAGGGUCUGUCCCGUGGUGUCUCCGCUCAGGAUACUGGUGCUCCCAUCAAGGUCCCCGUCGGUGCCGGCACUCUUGGCCGUAUUAUCAACGUCACUGGUGACCCCAUUGACGAGCGUGGUCCCAUCAAGGCCACCAAGUUCCUGCCCAUCCACGCCGAGCCCCCUGCUUUCAUUGAGCAGUCCACCUCCGCCGAGAUUCUGGUCACUGGUAUCAAGGUUGUCGAUCUCCUUGCCCCCUACGCCCGUGGUGGUAAGAUUGGUCUGUUCGGUGGUGCCGGUGUCGGUAAGACUGUCUUCAUUCAGGAGCUGAUUAACAACAUCGCCAAGGCUCACGGUGGUUACUCCGUCUUCUGUGGUGUCGGUGAGCGUACCCGUGAGGGUAACGAUCUGUACCACGAGAUGCAGGAGACUGGUGUCAUCCAGCUCGAGGGCGAGUCCAAGGUCGCUCUGGUCUUCGGUCAGAUGAACGAGCCCCCCGGUGCCCGUGCCCGUGUCGCCCUGACCGGUCUGACCAUUGCCGAGUACUUCCGUGACGAGGAGGGACAGGAUGUGCUGCUGUUCAUUGACAACAUUUUCCGUUUCACCCAGGCCGGUUCCGAGGUGUCUGCCCUUCUGGGUCGUAUCCCCUCCGCUGUCGGUUACCAGCCCACUCUGGCCGUCGACAUGGGUGGUAUGCAGGAGCGUAUCACCACCACCCAGAAGGGUUCUAUCACUUCCGUCCAGGCCGUCUACGUGCCCGCUGACGAUUUGACUGAUCCUGCCCCCGCUACCACCUUCGCUCACUUGGACGCCACCACUGUCCUGUCCCGUGGUAUCUCCGAGCUGGGUAUCUACCCCGCUGUCGACCCUCUCGACUCCAAGUCCCGUAUGCUCGACCCCCGUAUCAUCGGUGACGACCACUACAACACCGCCACCCGUGUCCAGCAGAUGCUCCAGGAGUACAAGUCUCUCCAGGAUAUCAUUGCCAUUCUGGGUAUGGACGAGUUGUCUGAGUCUGACAAGCUCACCGUCGAGCGUGCCCGUAAGCUCCAGCGUUUCCUGUCCCAGCCCUUCGCUGUCGCCCAGGUUUUCACUGGUAUCGAGGGUACCCUGGUCGACCUGAAGGACACCAUCCGCUCCUUCAAGGCCAUCAUUGCCGGUGAGGCUGAUGACCUCCCCGAGAACGCCUUCUACAUGGUUGGCGACAUCGAGUCUGCCCGUGCCAAGGGUGAGAAGAUUCUGGCUGAGCUGGAGGGCUCCGCCUAA